CUCAGUACUUUUCAAUUGCUUCUCGUGUAAGGUUUGUGAAAGUAACAAGAUUCGAGGAACUUCAUUACCAAAAAAAAAAUUAAUUAAUAAAAUAAGAAAUAUUUACAGUUACCGGAAAAGAAGAAAACGUUGCUAUGGAAGCGUAUCAAUCGAAAAGUAUUACGCCCGUCGACAAUUAUGAGUACAAGUUAAGUGAUGAGUUGAAAAAAAUAGCGGAGGAAGAGUUGCGCGAAACUGAAGAAAUAAGAAAUCAUGGACUUAAAACCAUGCGUGACUGGAUAAUGAAUAACCCGAGGAUCGAAAAGUGCCGAAUGGACUCAAAGUUCAUUUUAAGAUUUUUGAGAUUUAGAAAGUAUAGCAUUCCCAUGGCACAAGAGGCGCUCGAGCGUUAUUUAGUGUUUCGUGAAGGAGCUUACGGAUUUGAUUGGUUUUCUAAUCUUGAUUAUAUGAAGCCAAACAUUAAAACUUUAGUCGAUAAUGAGGUGCUUACAGUUCUGCCAAAACGUGACAAACUAGGCCGAAAAUGUCUCUUCUUCAAAAUGUCUUCAAUCGAUCCAAGUCUUCCGAAGAUUGGAGAAGAUUUAUUGACAUUAGGAACAUUAAUAAUAGAAACAUUGAUGGACGAUGAAGAAAAUCAAAUACGAGGUUUAAAUUACAUCGCUGAUGUAUCCAACUUAGGUUUGAGACACGCUCAAAUUUUACCACUCGAGGUCAUGUAUAAGUUUGGUAAAAAUAUCGAGAAAACGUGUGCUGUACGACACAAAGGUUUCCAUUGCAUCAAUGUUCAUCCAUCGUUACAGUUCCUUGUUAGCUUCGCGAUGAAGCAUAUGCCCGAAAAGCUCAGAGAUAGAGUAAAGUUUUACACAAAUGUCAAUGAAGUGGAUGUUAUAGAUAAAGAUUAUUUACCUGAAGGCUACGGCGGAUCAACGAAAAUAAAAGAAAUGAUGGAUCCGUGGAGAAAAAUUUUGGACGACAGAAAAGAAUUCUUUUUAAAUUAUAGCAACAUGAAAGUUAAUCGAAAUCUUUAUCCAAAACCAAUUGUUGAUUGUGUUGUUGGAACAUUAAAAAUUCCUCUGAAUUCAAGCGAUUUAUUUGAAAAGACUUCAAAUUGUACCGAUGAAGAGUUAACAGGUAUACAAGGAAGUUUUAGAAAGCUUGAAAUUGAUUAACUUCACUACUGAAGUCACUACUUUGUAUUUGAUUCCUAACAUACUCAUGACUGAUUAGUCACUCGAAAGACCAAACCCAAUUCAAUUUAGGCAAUUUUAAAGGCAUAAAUAGAAGAUUUAUAACACGGAAAAACGCAAAAUCAUGCAUCCAAAACAGAUUUUUUUUUUAACAAUAUUUUUAAGAAUAUAAAGUUGAAAGAACCUUUUAUGUGCAUAUUUAUUUGGAAAUGAUUAUAUAUAAGUCACAAUAAACC